AUGGUGGGGACGGCAGAUGGCGGCAAGGCCGAGGAGAAGUCCGAGCAGAAGGCGGAGGUGCUCUUCGAGGACGUGCUGGAGCGAUGCUGCGGCACCGGCCGCUGGCAAACGCUGCUCAUCGGGUACAUGUCCGUCAUGUGGCUGCUCUUCCCCGUCUUCUCCAUGUCCAUGAUGUUCGUCGGUGCCACGCCCAAGUUUAAAUGCUCCGACGGCUUCGCCGCCAACGCCACCUUCCGCUGGGCGUUCGAUCCUUCCGUGUACGUAUCGACGGUGGUGACCGAGUGGACGCUGGUGUGCGGCCGCAAGCCGCUGCUCUCGCUGCUGCAGUCGUGGCUGAUGAUCGGCGGCCUGUUCGGCUCGGUGGUGAGCGGCCACUUCGCGGCCGUACGCUUUCUGACGGGUGUCGCCAUGUCGGCCAUGAUCAGCAGCCAGUACGUGCUGAUGAUGGAGCUGUGCAGCAGCGAGCGACGCGCUGCGAUCGGUCUCGUCUCACUCAUGCCAUUCGCCUUUGGCACCUGUCUCGUCGCGCUCGGCUCGUACCUAAUCCGCACGAGAUGGCUACUCCAGCUGGCGUACGCCGUGCCGUGUCUUAUCUUCCUGUUCAACUUCUGGCUGAUGCCCGAGUCGCCCCGCUGGCUGGUGCUGCAGGACCGGUUCCCGGAGGCGUGUGCCGAGGAGGUGCUGCAGCUGAUGGCAGAGGCGCGGAACAACAUGCUGUCCCGCCAGACCACUAUGAAGACCGCCGGCGGCUACAGUCCGCUGCAAAUGAUGCUGCAGCUGGUCCGGACGCCGCACAUGCGCCGCCGAACACUCAUCGCCGUCUUUCUCGGCUUCAUCAUCGCCGGCUCCUACUUCGGUAUCUCGUUCGACACGACGCAACUGGCGGCGAGCCCGCAUCUGGCGGCGGUGUUUUCCGGUCUCGCCGACAUUCCCUCCAGCUUAGUGUUUCCCCUGCUGGAUCGGCUGGGACGGCGACGCUCGCUGAUCCUCCUCCUCUCGGUGCAGGCCGCCGCCAUGUUACUCACCUUCGUGCAGAAGGACACCACGCUCUGGCUGGUACUCGGCGUGGUCGCCAAGAUCGGCGUCUCCUCCGCCUUUAACACGAUAAUGGUGUUCGUGGCCGAACUGAUGCCCACCGAGGUCCGCUCGCUGGCGUGCGGUCUGCGCCAGCUGGCGGAGCGCGCGGGCGCCGCCCUCGCGCCGUUCGUGGUGGACUUGGUGAGUGAGCUGCACGAGAGCGCGCCGUCGGCCGUGUUCGCCGGCCUCGCCCUGCUGGGCGGCCUCGCCGGCCUGCUCCUGCCCGAGACCAACGGCCGCCCGAUGCCGGAGACGGUGGCCGAUGUAGAUGGGCAGCCGGUGUUCGCCGCACCUACCGCCGAACGCACCCGCACCAAUGAGGCGUGCCAGGGCGCUGACGAUCCGUGA